AUGAGCAGACGAGGGGUUUCCGACAAAAAGCCCAAGGCUCCAAUUAGGAGAAUUGGUGCCAAGGCCAAGGAAAUCAAGAUUGGAACUAUGCUUUCCAUCAAUGUCCCUUUAAUAGAAGCUCUUGAACAAAUUCCCGGUUAUGUCAAGUUCAUGAAAGAUAUGGUCACUAAGAAAAGAUCGAGUGGUGAGAUUCAAUCGGUAUCUGUCAUAUCUUACAGGGUUGAAAAGUCAUCUGAGAUUCAUGUUAUAACAAGAGAGAUGGUGUACACUGCAAUGUUGUUAAAAUACUUAUCAAUAUAUUUGGUUGAUACUGUAAUUGCAAAGUACGCAAAAUUUAAGUUUGGAAAUUUAACAGAAUUAGGAAUACCACAGCCAGAAGAAGGCCCAUUUUCUGUUAAAAUAUCAACAACUAGAUCCCCAUUAAUUGAUGUUGGUGCUAUUGACAAGAUUAAACAUGAACAGAUUAUGGUAUGA